AUGUCAUCGGAACCUACCAUCGUACCUUCCUCUGCACCCAAUGGGUCUGUACCCGUCUCUCAAGGUGGUACUUCCACUCCACUGUUAGGUAGUAGAGGUGGACCUGCGGGCAGUGGUGGGGCUGGAGGAAGUUUUGGAGUGAAAUCGGGUCUAGCCCAGAUGUUGAAGGGAGGUGUCAUUAUGGAUGUCAUGAACGUCGAACAGGCCAAGAUCGCUGAAGAAGCUGGUGCUUGUGCUGUUAUGGCAUUAGAGAGAAUCCCAGCGAACAUCAGAAGAGAUGGAGGUGUCGCAAGAAUGUCCGACCCAGGAAUGAUCAAGGAGAUCAUGGAAGCCGUCUCAAUCCCCGUCAUGGCAAAAGUCAGAAUCGGGCAUUUCGUAGAAGCUCAGAUCUUACAAUCAGUCGGUGUGGAUUAUAUCGAUGAAUCCGAAGUUCUCACUAUGGCAGAUGAUCAACAUCACAUUGGUAAACACUCAUUCAAGGUUCCUUUCGUAUGUGGGUGUAAGAACUUGGGUGAGGCUCUUAGAAGAAUCUCUGAAGGUGCUGCCAUGAUUCGAACCAAGGGUGAAGCCGGUACUGGAGAUGUCGUAGAAGCCGUCAAACACCAGCGUGCAGUUAUGGCAGAUAUCAGAAAGGCAGCUUCCAUGUCUGACGAGGAGCUAUACGCUUUCGCUAAAGAGCUUUCGGCACCUUAUCAUCUGUUGAAGGAGACCGCUAGGUUGAAGAGAUUACCUGUUGUUUCCUUCGCUGCUGGUGGUGUAGCUACCCCAGCCGAUGCUGCUAUGAUGAUGCAAUUGGGUUGUGAUGGUGUCUUCGUCGGUUCUGGUAUUUUCUUAUCUGGUGAUCCCGCCAAAAGAGCCAGAGCGAUCGUCCAAGCCGUUACGCACUACAACAACCCUGCUGUCUUGGCUGAAGUAUCUACGGAUCUAGGUGACGCUAUGGUCGGUAUCAGCACAUCGACUGAGGGCGAGAACAUCAAAGGUGGACGAAUGGCAGGUAGAGGGAACUAA